GUCUGAGAGGAGUCUGCACCACGGACGGACGAACGGCCAGAAACACUGAGUGCGCGAGCACCCUCAGCAGCAAAAGCAGAACCAGAACCAGGGCCAGGGCGCGGAUGGUAUAAUUUUCGAUUUCGGUUGCUUUUGCCACCUGCAGCAGAUUGUGGACCCCCAAUGGACGACACGGUUUUCGGUUUUUUGGUAUCAAUCCGCGCGCGAGAGAUGCCAGAGUCAGUGUUGGUGCAGAAUUUUGGCAGCCGAAAACGGUGAAGAUUGAAGUGUAAACAUCUUCGAGGAGCUUCGAUUGGAUUUUUCGGGGUUAAUGGUUGAUUGAUAGCGCGGUGCAGGAAAGUUUUUUCAGGAAAGUGGUUUGUGCAAAGAUGAUGCGAUGACCUUUGAGCGACCACUUGUCAUGGCCACGGAAUAAUUUCUAGCGGUGAAGGACUGGGACUCGAUUUUUCGAGGACAAAUCUUUGUCGUCGAAGGUGAGUGAGUGGGUGAGAUUUGUGAUUCCAGUUUUCCUGCUGAAAGGUGCAAUUAAAUUCCCUAGAGCGAAAGGAAAAACAUUCUUAUGAGAUUUAAAAAUAGAACAAAACUACUGCAGCAGUAGGGCAGUAGGGGGAUUAUGCUUGAUUGAAGCUGCUAAGCUGCCUGGUGGAGACUUAGCAUCAGGACUUGCCAGAAGCAUCAAACUGUGGAUUAUCCACUAAUCCAACGGGAAAAAGAGUUCUCAUCUAAGUAUAUCAACGGGAAACCAACUGGGCAAAAAUCCAACAACAGCAGCAAAAAAAGCUGAAAUCUUUAUAGAAAUCGAUCCUGUAGGCCCUGUGAUACUGCUGCUGCUGAAUUGUGGUGUACUUUCACGUACAAUAUUCCGUGAGUCCAAAAAUCGGUGAAUGUAUUUGGUCCCCCUGUGUUGUUCGUCGGAAGAGCCAGUCAGUUUUUUUGGGUGUAUUUGUUCCGGGAAAAGUGCAAAACAAAACCCGCUAACCAAAGAGCGGAGUGUUUACUCUCGAUCCGUCAAAACGGGGUUGGAAAAACUGACCCUUCUCCACUUCCCAAUUUGCCGGUAACUUCUGCGUGUGUCAGGGAUCACCAUCAACCACGUGUUAGGAAGCCGGAGGAAAAUCUAACCAGAGAGAAAGAGAGUGUUCUUGGGAAAACUCUCUCUCUUUUAUUUGUCCUCUCCUUGGAGAGAAACUUUUCCCGAGUUUUUCCGAGAUCCGCUCUAUCUCGGAAAGGGGAGGUUCACCCAAGUCCAAAACCCGAAGCACGGAAGGACGGGGAUCCUGAAAACAUAAACAUUUCUCCAACAAAAACAUCCCUCUGCUGAGCAAGUGUGUGGUGAAGAAUUUGUAGUCCUACAUUGGUGUUUUUUGUGUUAGUGUUCGAAUCGUACCAUUUUCUCAAAGGCAGAGCUGCUGCUGAUGUAGGCUUUAUUCCGAGUGCAAGUGUACCGAGAUAUCGUUCGAGUGCUUUCGCUGUAGUUGGAUAUUUGUUGGAGUUACACUUUGCGUUGGAUACGCUAUCCGAAAAGGAUAUAAUCGUCAUCAUGUGUCUGAUUUAAAAUAAUUCGACUAUAUCUGUUUCGGGGAGGCUACACAAUCAACAACCGGCUGCUCAGUUAGCUUUUAGUGAGGUCGAAAAAAAAGUCGACAACCUUCCUAGUGUAUAGUGAAUCAAAAAUAUAGGCUAGUUUUGUCUGUGUAUGUGUGUUUGUGUGUAACCCUAGUGUAUUCAAAUAAAAAAAAGUAAAAUGUGUCACAGAAAGUAGAAGCAUCAGCAUUUUUUUCUCAACCAAAAUCUGGAUCAGUCCAGUUUAUUUGCGAGCCACACAGAAUGACCGAUCUGGGCUUAAGUGGCAGUGACAGUGCGAUGUUGAUGAACAAUCCCAAUACGACGUCGUCUUCGUCGUCGGCAGCAACGGCGGCGCCGCCAAACGGAUACGAAUUGACCGAGGUGUCGGUUGUGGAUAUCAACGCGUCGCUGGCAGCUUCCGCUCCACUUUUGCCGACGCCAUUGGGCACCGCAGCUAGUACGGCCUCACCGGUCAUACUUCCGGCUCAUCAGCGUCCCCAGUGCCAAACGGUGGCACGUCAGAACCAUCAACUACAGCUGUCCUCGACGCCGGCCUUGGCCUUGGCCGGAAAAGGAAGCAGUGGCGCCGAAGUCGGUGGAUUCGGGGGUAAUCUUUACAAUCUCUCUAAUGGAGCGGAACUGCCGGCGGUGACGUACAAUUCCUAUACCCAGAAUGUCCGCUGCAAAUCGCCCCCGACGCUGGUGGAUAAUCUGAAAAACGGUUCAAUAGGGAACUCUCAAAAUGCUCUCUGCAACGGGGCCCUCCUAACAAACGGCCAAACCAAGGACUCCAACCUGCCCCAUGGAUUGGUCCGAAAAGUGCUCAACAAUAGUGAAAAUGGCCAGAAGAAAGGGAUGGUGGCCCUCACCCAUCUACCGAAGAGACCCCCGAUCGACAUCGAAUUCAAUGAGCUGGCCUAUUCCGUAUCCGAGGGUCACAAGCGAAGCUUUAAGACGAUACUCAAAGGUAUUAAUGGGAAGUUCCGUUCCGGAGAACUCACCGCCAUCAUGGGCCCGUCUGGGGCCGGCAAAAGUACCCUGAUGAAUAUUUUGGCUGGUUACAAAACCUCCAAUCUAAUAGGAUCUGUGUUAAUCAACGGGAAGGAGAGAAACUUACGCAAAUUCCGUAAGCUUUCCUGUUACAUCAUGCAGGACGAUCGGUUACUUCCGUAUCUGACCGUGCGUGAAGCGAUGAUGGUUUCGGCCAAUCUGAAACUUGAAAAGGACAUCUCUCUCGAAUUGAAGAAGGAAAUCGUGGAGGAAAUCAUUGACACCCUCGGUUUGCUAGAGGCAGCAAACACCCUGGCGUUGAACCUUUCCGGAGGUCAACGGAAGCGACUCUCAAUCGCACUAGAAUUAGUCAACAACCCACCUGUAAUGUUUUUCGACGAGCCAACCAGCGGACUGGAUAGUGCCACCUGUUCCCAACUGAUUCAUCUUCUCAAAUCACUGGCCCGUGGAGGCCGAACCAUCGUCUGUACCAUCCAUCAACCAUCGGCGAGGAUAUUCGAAAUGUUUGAUAAUCUUUACGUGCUGACCGAGGGUCAGUGUAUCUAUCAGGGUCAGGUUAACGGUCUGGUGCCGUUCCUGGCCUCCCUGGGACUGGAGUGUCCCAGUUAUCACAAUCCUGCUAAUUAUGUUAUGGAGGUGGCCUGCGGAGAGCACGGAGACUGGAACAGCAAACUGGUGACGGCGGUCAACAACGGCAAGUGCAACAACUACAACCAACCGGUCCUAGCUCAAAGCAGAUCCCAGAAAAGUAUCGCACUGGCUGCCGAGGACCACCAGGAAAAGAUCGUAAGCGCCCUGAAGCUGGGCGAGGACGAUCUGGUGAAACCGUCGGCCGCCGAGUUCACCGCCAUCAAUAUGCCUUCGUUGGAACCGCUCAAUAACGAUAGUAGCAAAUUCGUUAGUAGUAGUAGUAAAUCCGGAGAGGAAUCGUCGGCCCCGAUCAGUACGGUGGCCACGGCCACGACCACCUUGGGCGGGAGCAGCGUCGUCGGUGGUAUCAUUACGGGGCCCCCGGGAAGUGGCACGGCUGGAUCGUCCAAGCCCACCUGUACCACCUCGCUGCUCGAUUCGACGGAAAGUGUCAGUAUUACGGUGCCGAAGAAGCAGUCCGGAUUUCCCACGUCCGGUUGGAUGCAGUUCUGGAUCCUUCUGAAGCGGACCUUCAUCACGAUCAUGCGCGAUCAAACGCUAACGCAAAUGAGACUGCUAUCACAUGUUAUCGUUGGGGCAAUCAUCGGGAUGAUUUACUAUGACAUCGGAAACGAGGCGUCCAAGAUUAUGAGUAACGCAGGAUGCAUCUUCUUCACCACCAUGUUUACAAUGUUCACCGCGAUGAUGCCGACCAUUCUCACUUUUCCGACCGAAAUGUCCGUAUUCGUACGGGAACAUCUCAACUACUGGUACUCUCUGAAAUCGUUCUACUUUGCCAAAACCGUUGCGGAUCUUCCAUUUCAAGUCCUGUUCACCAGCGUUUACGUCAUCGUGGUCUACUAUCUAACAUCCCAACCGAUGGAACCGAAACGGGUCGGUAUGUUUGUGCUGAUCUGCAUCCUGACAUCGCUGGUAGCGCAAAGUUUGGGGCUGCUAAUCGGAGCCGGAAUGAGCGUGGAGACGGGUGUCUUCCUGGGGCCCGUUUCAACCAUUCCGAUUAUCCUGUUCUCCGGAUUCUUCGUCAACUUCGACGUCAUUCCUUCCUAUCUGCAGUGGUUAACGUACGUCAGUUACGUCCGGUACGGAUUCGAGGGGGCCAUGGUGUCUGUUUAUGGGAUGGAACGUGCCAAACUACAGUGCAAUGAGAUCUACUGUCACUUCCGGAGUCCUCAAAAGUUUUUGGAAGAGAUGUCCAUGGACAAUGCCGAGUACUGGAUCGACGCCACGGCCCUGUUUGCGUUCUUCAUUGGGUUACGCGUAGUGGCGUAUCUGGUGCUGCGCUGGAAACUGCAUUCCAUCCGUUAAAAAGUACUCUACAUUAUCGCAGACGGUGAAGGUAAUGUUUAGUCAUCAUAUAGUUAUAACCCACAGUCCUACUAGAAUUCCAAUAGUCCCAAUUUUGUAAACGAUAUUGUGCGAAGCAAGUAAUUAUCUAUAACUAUAGGAGACAAUAGGUCACACGGAAGUAAAGCAUUUAAUGCUUUUACGUUUGAAUUGAUCAACUGUCCAUCGUUUGGCAAACAACUUUUAGAGUACAGGUUAAAAACAAAAUUGCCAAUGUUUAUUCCACAUCCGAAUAUCGACGCUUCUAGGCUUCUAGGCCCCCUACUAGUUCAAUGCUUGUAUUUUAGAAAGCUCCCACUGUUAUUCGUAGGCGAAUAAUACUGCCACGUUUUUCGUACUUCAUCGAAACCGAAACCCCGAUGAGAUGGACGAUUGAUCAGUUCAAACGUGUAAAACAGAAUCAAGUACACAACCGAAAACCAAAAACUUAUACACAAAUCAAACGCGUAUAUUUCAAAUGAAAACUAAAAAAAAACACAUCCAACACGAACCCACACGCAGACUUAAGGAAAUAAAAAGAUAACAAAAACAUCCAUUUAGUCAAAAUUUAUUUAUCGAUUUAGUCAAUAGGCGAAGCAAACAGCUAAAACAACCAAAAUAGCAUUAAACAUAAAAACUAUAAACUGUACUACCACUUAAAAAUCAGAACACACGCGAGAAGUGUGAAGGAGAAGAAAAAAAGCUGAAACAAAUAUAUUACUGAAAAAAUCUUAUCAAAAUAUCUAAAUGAAACAAAUCGAUAUUCAACACGAAUAUACACACUUUGCUAAAACGGCUAUUAUUGCAAAGCUCGAGAAUGCUUUGAUGAAAAUCGGGGUGGAAAAUGGGACAGGAAUAAAACGUGAAUCGACAGUUAUGAUUUAACAAAAGAUGAAAAAACAAACAACCACAGUGUGAUAGGUAACAAAUCAAUUAAAUUACUGAUUGGAAAAAUAGUAGUUACAUUAAUUUAGCGGAAUCAGUAAAGUUCUAUAUUCAUACAAGCUAAGACAAAAACAGUACCAACAAUAAUUUUACCUGUGUUAAGAAUGAAAUCAAAAGUAUAUAAUUUAUACAUACAUAAAUUUUGUAGAUCGAGAGAAAGGUCUUGAAUGGAAAGCGUUCUAGCCGAAGGAAUUUUAAACUGACAUCUGAUUUCUUAUCCUGAUUGGAAACUCAUUUACUCUAACCGUAUGCAAACUACAUAUGAAAAAGAAAUUCGGAAGCAUAACCAAGCGAUCGAAAGUAGUUCGGAGAUUAUAAAAUUUCCGUAGCACGAUUGACAGUGAGUAGUAUCCGUAGUAUUUAUGCUAAUAGAACUCUUACUUCUCCUCAAACGCUCUGUGAGUUCAACUAUUUACAUAUACUCAUUCUUCGUUUUAAGUUCUAGUAAACUUAUUCACCCAAUGUAGAGAGCAGUACGAACAGUGUUUAGUUUACGGUCUAGUUUCCACUAUUGCAAAGUAAAAUCUGUGUCUGAGUUUAAGUAAAAUAUAACAAAAAAACAACAGUAAGUAAAACUAGUUCAGAGUGGGCGUUUUCCCGCUAAAUAAGCAGUAUAAGGAAUAUUGUUCAGUCGAACGGUAACAAAUGUGUGAAUCUUGUUCAGUGUAAGGUUUUGGAAAGAGUAAUUCUAUGAGGAGGACGAAGCUAACAUUCAUGAAACAAUGCAGAUCAAAUAAAAACACACACAUAUUCGGUG